AUGGACGCGGAACUGUCGACUGCCAUCUUAGCAGCCGUCAUUGACCCCACGAUUGUGAUUGGAGAAGAUGGAAUCAUAGUUUACUUCAACCCUGCGGCAUGUCAAGCCUUUCAAAUGGACGCCGACAGUGUUGUUGAAAACAAACUGAACGUGUCAUCCUUGAUGGCCAACGAAUCAGAGGCACAUCAGCACGAUCAAUUCAUGCUAAAUUACAAAGAAACUGGUAUGAAGAAAAUGAUUGGACGGAAUCGAAGGGUUCUCGCCAAACGAUCCGACAACACCACCUUUUAUGCGUCCUUGUCCAUUUCCGAAGUCACUCUCGGCGGCGACAUCUUCUUUGUGGGAACACUCCGAGAUGUCACAGAGACCAUGGAGCGAGAAGAACUCUUCCGAAAUGUCAUUGAUGAGGCAGUCGAUGCGAUCUUUACCAUCAAUGAAAAGGGAAUCAUUACUCUCGUCAACAAGAGUGCUCAGAAAAUGUUUCAUUACAAAGAACACGAACUCAUCGGAAACAACAUUAGCAUGCUCAUGCCACAACCGCAUCGAGCCAUGCACGAUCAGUAUUUGGAAGCCCAUUUCAAAACGGGCAUUCAGAAAAUGAUUGGUACCGAUCGCACCGUCACGGCCCAACGAAAGGAUGGGACCGAGUUCAAGUGUCGAUUGGGUCUCUCCAAGAUUGAAACCGCCGGCACAAGUGGAGCAAGCGAGCAAGGAGGUACCACCUUUGUGGGUCUCUUGCACGAUCUGACGUUGGAACUUGCCGUGCGGGAAGCAGAUGCCCGUGCCGAACUGGCCGAUCGCAUGCGAAAACAAAAGGCAUUGUUUUUGGCUUCCAUGAGUCACGAAAUUCGAACCCCCCUCAAUGGUAUUUUUGGCAUGCUGGAACUCUUGCAAUCCACUCAAUUGGAUUCGGUCCAGACGGAAUGGCUGGCCACAUGCUCCCGAUCCGCACAGUCCUUGACGACCAUUUUGGAUGAUAUUUUGCUGUUUAGCAGGGCAGAUGGUGGUGGCAUUAGUCUGGAACGCCUCUCCUUUAACAUUCGCGACACAAUUGAAGAUGCGGUCACCGUAAUGGCACCCAAAACAAACGACAAUGCCAUAGAUCUGGUCUAUACUGUGGCGCGGUCGGUUCCAGAUUUUGUCAUUGGCGAUCCCACAAGGCUUCGACAAAUUUUCCUAAUCUUGCUCAGCAAUGCUCUCAAGUUUACCCAAGUGGGGCAUGUCGCCUUGGAAGUCAGUGUCGAGGGCGUCGAGGACGACUCUGAUGAUGAUUCGGAAACGGACGACGAGGAUUUCCUAGACAAGAGUAAAAAAACAGUGGACGACAAUAAAGUUGUCUUGAAGUUUGAAGUCUCGGAUACUGGUAUUGGUAUAUCCAAGAAGCAUAUCAAGAAGCUGUUCCAGCCGUUUACGCAGGCCGAUGACAGUACCACACGACAGUACGGUGGCACUGGGCUUGGUCUGUCGAUCGCCCAAAAGCUAGUGUCUCUGAUGGACGGGGACAUCAAGGUCGAAUCGCGCCCAGGUCGAGGUUCUACCUUUUCUUUCACCAGUGUGCUUGAGAAGGACCCCGACGGUUCUUCUAGCUCUGACCUGCAUGACAAUGUCUCUGAAGAAGACUUGAAGCUGCUCAAGAACGUUCACAUUCUGUCGAUUGACGACAAUGCAGUGAACACGGCCUACCUUGUCAACCUUCUCAAGAUAAUUGGAUGCGAUGUCAAAGGUGCGAGGUCUGGUACCAAUGGAAUCGAAUUGUUGAAACUUGCAGCCCUUCGAGAAGACCCGUAUGAGAUUGUGCUGCUGGACUUUGCAAUGCCGCACAUGUCUGGUUUGGAAGUUGCCGAGUUUAUCGCCUCAUCCCAGUCAAUUGCCAACACCAACGUGCGCAUCAUCAUGCUCGGGUCAAUUGACGUGCAUCGCUCCAUUGCAGCCUGUCCUCAUGUCCAUGGAUUCACCACAAAACCGAUCCGUCGCUUUCCUCUCAUCAAAAUGAUUGUGGAGCAGCUGAAGAUUAAGCGUGGUAUGUUGUCACUGACAAAUACCGCCAGGCUAGAUUUGGCAAAGGAGGAUGGCCAUAACGACGAGUCUGAAGAUGAAAUACCAGGUCCGGUGCAAAGUUUGGAGCGGAGGGCUAGCGUGGGCUUCAGUAACAAUGGCCAACGACCUAAUCCUUUGUCAAUCUUGUUGGUCGAGGAUAAUCUAAUCAAUCAAAAGGUGAUUGUAUCAAUUCUGACUCGCUGGAAAUGUCAAGUGACCACAGCGCUUAAUGGACUUUCCGGAUUUGAAGAAAGAAUUUCUCAUCGUGGCAAAAGGGCAUUCGAUCUCUGCCUGAUGGAUCUACACAUGCCUCUUUGCGACGGCUCCCAGUGUGUCAAGAUGAUCAGAGAGUGGGAGGAGGAGAAUAACCAGGAUGCCUUGAAGAUUGUCGCAGUUACUGCUGACGCGGACAAAGACACUGAGGAAGCCUGCCUUUCGGGAGGCUUUGACGAAUUUCUUCCCAAACCGCUGAGGAAAAAUGCUUUGAGAGACAUGGUUGUGAAGGUUUGCGGAGAGGACCGCUUGAGCACAGAAGUACAGAAACCUCUACGAUCCGCUGCCAGUGGGGGGCCUACUCCUAGAAGCCCAUCACCACCUGCUGGGGCCUCACAUGUCCUGGUGGUAGACGACGCGCCGACCAUGCGACUUCUCUUGCGCACUUUUCUGGUCGGAAUGGGCUGCAUCGUCUCAGAAGCAUCGUCUGGAGAGAGCGCGGUGGAACUCGUUAGAACUUCACUUGCCGACAAAUCAGAACGAAUUGAGAUGGUAAUCUGUGACAUGAGGAUGCCACCAGGUAUAAAUGGUAUCGAGACAGCGCGGCGCAUCAAGGAGAUUCCUGGUACGGAGGAUUUGCCCAUCAUUGGGAUGACAGCCGACGACGUAGACAGAGGAGCUGCUGAAAGGGCGCAAGGGGUCGGAAUGGUAUCUUUGGUUUCCAAACCUGUAGGGAGGGCGGCCAUAGCAAGGUUCCUCGCCGACUAUACAGGGACUGUCGGGUCGUCACCGAGGGAGAAAAACGAGAACGAAAGCCCUGAGACUUUUGACAAAGAACGAGCUUUGGACAAUUGUUCAGGUGACAAGGCUUUGCUCAAGACGCUAUUGGGUGACAUUGGCAGAGACCUCAAGGUGCGCGCGGAUGAGCUUCGCACAUCGGUGAGCCGCAAGGACAGUGCUCGCGCAGCGGAAAUUGCUCACAACAUCAAAGGCUUGGCAGGAAUGUGCGGCUUUGACCGGCUCAUGAAGGCUGCAAAGCAAUUACAAGAAAGCGCCUCGCAAAGUGACUAUCUGGAAGUUCGAAAUAAGAGCCAAGUUGUAAUGGACGAGAUUCAGGCUACGGUCAAGAUUGCAGAGGAAUAUGAUCCUCUCACGGGGUAA